UCUUCCUGAGCUCCUGUCACUCACGAGUCGCGAAAUAUUCUCUGUCUCGGUUCAUUUCAUUUCAUCUCGAUCUGUGUUAAGUUAACCAUGGGGACCGCGGUUCUCCGCUCUCAAGAUUGCCUCAGAAGCCGCUUUCCUCCUCAAACGCUCGGCUCUCCUCCCAUCAGACCUCGGCGGAACCCUAACGCUAACUCUAACCCUAACGCUAUGCGUUCCGGCAGGCGAAAGCGCACUCCGUCGGGGUUCCAGGAGAAGGAGAGCGGAAGUAAUCGAUGCCGAUCGAGCGUUACGAAGCUUCCGACCAAAAAUCUCGUCAUGGGGCAAGUUACGAUCCUGAAACGCGGAGAGGAGUUGAAAUCUGUGACAACCUGUGAUGAUGAGAAGCAGGCGAAGAUCAAGAUUGAUAUCGAUUCGGCUUUAUGUUCGACAGAGCGGCUUGGUCCAGAGCCCGAGAUGGUUCCGAAACAGAUCCGUCUCACUGAUUCGAAGGUCGUCGAGGGUGUGUUUGCGGGAUCUGCGUUUCUCGCAUCUCCUCCCCCGAGUUCUCUUCCUUUCCCUGCCUUCUUCACCAAAAAGGGCGUUCCUAACAAAAAUGAAGUGGCGACGAUCGAUCUCCGUCAACUGCUGCGGCUAGAUCUGUCCUGAGUUAGGUCUAGGACGAUGUUUCUGGUCGGAGUUGGUGUCCUUAUGCCGGAUCUGUCACUCUGAAACUUUCGUUACUGUUGGUAGCUUCCCAUGUCGGUUUUCCUCUAUUUUUUCAACAGGAAUUCCGAAUGAUUGGAGCUUAACGAAGCUAUCGAAUGAAAAGUUGCAGUAUACCUUCUGCUUUCAUGGCGAUCAAGAUCGCUUGCACAAAUAUUAGGUAGAUUUUUCAUUUUGGCUUCAGCUUCUUAAAUAGGAAGGUAGGUUAGAGUUCCAUGUAUAGCUUAUGUAGUCCAGAUUUACCGAUGUAAUUCGCUGAUGUUCGAUCAAAAAAGAAAAUGGGGAUGCUGUUUGAUUUUAGUGUCAUGUGGUUUAGGUUCGUGCAGGUUUAUUGUAUCGGAGUUGCGUUUGGGGGGUGGGGGGGUUCUUUGUAUUUGAGAAGUCUCUUUUUGCCCCGUUCUGUUGUAGCUGCAAAGAUAGUGAAAUUGAAUAAAAGUUUAGUAAUUUGUCUCUUGUUUA